GACGAGAUAUAUCGAAGUGAUUUUCAUAAGUAAAUAUUUAUAUAUUUUAUCAAUGAAUUUUAUUAAUGUGUUAGAGAGUAAUAUUAUGAAAUUGGAUCUUCGAUUGGUGAAAAAAACAAAGAGAAGCUGAUUUAAAUCUUGCAAGUAAGGAAUGAACGAUCGGAUCUCUCCUUACGAUUAUUUCGUUUAGUAAAUAUCUGUAUCGCGUUAGCGACAAUUAAUUUCUCUUUUUCUUUCUUUCUGUUAUUUUUUUAUUUUUCUUUUAUUUUUUUACAUUUUUAAAAAACACGACUAUAUUUCAAACAUCAAACGAUAAAUUUUUUGAUUGUACAAUUGUCUAAGAAACGUAUAGUAUACGUAUCUGUAUUAUACACGUACACAUAUAUAAAACACACGCACACACAUGUAUAUAUAUAUAUACGUACAUAUAGAGGAAGAAACAUAACCCAAAAGUAAUAUUUUCCCGCGCGAAGGAUAAAAUUCGCGCCAAAGUGUUAUCGCAGAUUAACCAAUCAGAGAUCGGUUAAGAGUUUGUGACGUAGCGUUUAAAGCGCUAUACGUCGAGUUGUGUCGGCCGCCGCCAUGCCAUGCGGUCAUCGUGGAACUGACGUGACUAUCUUUUACGUGCAAUAUCAUAGAGUAAAUCGUUAAGAAAAUAAAAUAUUUUUCUUGAUUUGUAUUCUUCGUUUGUGUAAAUGUGAUAAUAAUGUAUCGUAAUCGUUAACGUGAGUUCGUCGUUAAAGGACAAGUGACGUGUUCUUGUGAAAUAGAAGGCGUAGGACCCGCUCCCUGUCGGUUAGAAAUUGGCCAACGGCGGUAGAGAUUUGAAUGCAUCGUUUAGUGAAACGAAGAAAUCAUUAAAGAUGCAGCUGAAUAAAUAUUUAGAAUCAUCUAACACUAUAAUAAAAUAAAUAAAUAUUCAAACAACGAAGACAAUUUGGAAAGGAAUGAUCAUGAUACGAAUAGACGAAGACAGGAACGACUACAAUGAGAUAAGAUCGAUGAUGAUGAUUCGUGACGGAAGUUCGAAGCACGACGUCGAUUCAUUGACUUCCGAUUCAUUUGAAAGUCUCUCCGUGAAGGAUUGCAUUUAUCGAGGGGAAGGAAAUGCUAACAUCGUUGUCACUCUAAUGCAUGAACAGAAGGUAAUCCGAUUCCGGAAAUCGUUACCAAGGGAGACUUUGUCGGACAACAACGACGACGACGAAGACGACGACGAGAACGAUGGGAACGACGAUGAGAAAAUACGCGUAAAACGAGAAGCGGAAUUCGUGAGGCACGUUGUUUCCGGUUACUUGGGUUCUUACGUACGUGUACCAGAGAUCGUUCGUUACGAUGCAAAGGAUAUAACCAAACUUCUCGAAAUUAUUCGACCAUUUCGUUCAGAAAAAAGGAAAUACAAGAAGAAAGUCAAGAUAUAUGCCAUGAAAAUGCCAGAUUAUACUUUUCUUCCAUCGAUGUUCGCCAAACUCGAUCAUGAUUUAUUUAAAAGUAAAUCGACGUUUGCCGUAGAAAUAAAACCUAAACAGGGAUAUCAACGUAAAGAGGAACAACGAUUGCAAAAGUGUCCGUAUUGCCUUGCACAGUAUUACAAGUUUAAUGAGAAAAUGAUCAAUGAUAGAAGCAGUUAUUGCCCGUUCGAUCUUUUCUCAGGGGAUGUCGAACGUAUGAACGGAGCGAUCAAAGGCUUGUUAAGAUCACCUCAAAAUAAUUUGAAGAUCUUCAAGGAUGGAACGAUCGUUUACGAUCAAGGAUUUUCAACGAAUGAUCUUGAAACUGUAUUAAAUGAUUUUUAUCAAAUUGCUGAUAUUUCUACAAAAGAUAUCACUGUAAAUUUGUUCAGCAAUUUAAUUUGUGCUAUAUUAUUGCACUCUUAUCCUCAGAGUAAACGUUCAGAGUUAAUGCGAGUUAAAUUUGAACGUAAUCGCUUUUAUCAUAUUUCUGAACGUGACAAUGAAGUUAUUCGUGACACCAAUGAGGAACUCCUUUCAAAAACAAGAAAACUUUUUUAUCAUUUACAGGAAGAAUGUAAACGUGAAAGUAAUAAUGAUCUACCGAAGGACUGUAUAUUGGAAAGAAUACUUUCAAUGCAAAGAUUACCAUAUGUCGGUACAGAACAUAUCUAUGAUAUCUAUGAUAAACAUUCGACAGUGAUAAACGAUGAGAUCAUAUACUCUCAUUUAAUAAAUUCUUCUUGGAAUUAUACGAAAGAAGAACACAAGGAUACCAAUGGAAAUCAUGCUGACAAUUGGCCAAGUACAACUUCUAAAAUUAAAGAGAAUAUUGAGUUAAUUAAAAAUACAGAUCAAUGGAAGGAAAAUAUUUCUUAUUACAACGAUGAGUUAAUAGAUAAAAGUAAUAAUGAUAAUAUCGAAUAUAACAAUGAUAAAAUAUUAAGCAACAUAAAUGAUAAAGAUCUAAUAGCAUUACAAAAUUAUCUUUUAUUUUGUACUGCAAGAGAUUGUUCAAUAUUAAUAACUUUUCGACAAUUAAAACCGGAAGCACUGUUGUCCGUUCCACAAGAAUAUGUGAUCAAAAUAUCUGAAGAUCUUUGUUUUCUUACCAGUGUUAAUGUUACCGACUUGGAUCCAAAAAGUAUGCAUAGUAUUAAAAGGCAUCGUCAAAGAGACAUAGAUAUUCUUAAUGCGGUAAUAUCUGUAUUAAAAGAAGAAUUAUCUUUAAAUGAUCAUCAAUGAAUAUUCAAGAUAAAUAUUUAAGUAUGUUGAAUUUUCUUUUUAUUUAUUGUUUAUCUUAAUUAUUUUAAUUAUGUCUUUCAUCCAAUCACGUAAUUAAUCUUAAAUUGAUGAUUCUAGUUUAAAUAAUUUUAUUUACAUUAUAUAAUAUGAAUAUUUUAUUAUAUAGAAUAAUUUGCACAAAGGGACAAAUUAUUAUUUCAUUAAUUGAUUAAUAAUAAUAAUAAUAAUAAUUGCAAAGUAUUAUUAAUAACAUAACAAAGAGACUAAAUUAUUAGCAUGAAUUAUUUAAAAUAAUAUAAAUAUUAUAAAAUAUGGAUAAGUAUGUACAAAAUUCAAAAGGAUAUGUCUGAAAUCUUUUUUAAAUGUCUGAAUCUUUUUGCAAUUUCUUAAUGACUUCAAAUGAAAAGUACAAAAAUUAUUUCUUCUCAUAUUCAUAUUUCUAUCUACGAAUUUUAUAAGAAUCAUAAAUGCGAAAAGAAACAAUAAAUUAUAUUAAUUUAUUGCUAAUCCAAAUCUUAACCACAAAGAUAACAAGUAUUGUCGUGUCGGUAUAUCGAUUACGUAUGUUGGUGGCGCUUUGAUCGUUUUAUUAUUACGUCAUUCAUCCAGCGGGAAAAUUUAACACGAGUAAGACGUAUUGUAGAAAUAUUUAAGCUAAAGCACCGUUAUACGAGUGAUAUAAUUAUCGUAUUCUUUCGUAUACAAAAAUUUCUUUUUUUUUUUUCUUUUUUAUAAAAAUAAAUCAAGAAUAAUUAUAAAUAUAAUAUCAUUUAAAA